AUGUGCGAGGGGGAAAUUGCCACCUACCCCGGGCAUGGUUUUGGUCUCUACCCGCCCCCGCCCCAUCCCCGGGGCCGAAGGGAAAGGCCCUGGCUCCAGCAGGUAAAUAAGCCAGCGGGACGCGGUGAGCUCCAGGCACUGCAGGACAAUUCCUGGUGUGACGCUUCCGGGCGCAGGAGAGGCGAGCCCAAUUACUUUGUUAUUAAUUCUCAUUCCGAGAAUAACAAAGAGACUGGAAGAACCUCUCAGGAAGGAGAGGAGAUAACUGUAAAUAGCCAAGAUGGGAAGUUUAGCGGACCCCUGAAGCCCAUGACAUUUCCCAUUCGUGAAGGCCAAGAACCGAGCCAACUUAUCUUCCAGUUUAAGGCCAGUCCUCCUGCUGUGGAUUUCAGACUAACUGGGGAGACAGAUGGAAUCUUUGAGAUACAACCAGAUGGAUUUCUGAUUCUUACCAAAGCGCUGGACAGGGAAACAAGAGCUGUUCACAGACUCCAGGUUGCAGCCGUGGAUGCUCAUGGAGCUACAGUGGAGGGCCCAGUCCCCAUCACGAUAGAAGUGAAGGACAUCAAUGACAACCGACCCAUGUUUCUCCAGCCAAGAUAUGAAGGCUCAGUGAGGCAGAAUUCUCGUCCAGGGAAGCCCUUCAUGUAUGUCAAUGCUACAGACCUGGACGAUCCAGCCACUCCCAAUGGCCAGCUUGUUUAUCAAAUUAUCAUCCAGCUUCCCAGUGUCAACAACGUUAUGUACUUUCAGAUCAACAACAAAACGGGGGCAAUCUCACUUACCCCAGAAGGCUCUCAAGAAUUGGACCCUGUUAAGAAUCCUUCCUACAAUCUGAUGGUCUUAGUGAAGGACAUGGAAGGUCAGAAUGAGAAUUCCUUCAGUGACACCACAUCUGUGGAUAUUUUUGUGAAGGAGAAUAUUUGGAAAGCCCCAGAACCUGUGGAAAUUGAAGAAAACUCAACUGAGCCUCACCCCAUCAAAAUCACUCAGGUGCGGUGGAAUGAACCAGGUGCACAAUAUUCCUUAGCUGGUGUGUCAAGGCUGCCAAAAUUUCCAUUUUCAAUUGACCAGGAAGGAGAUAUUUAUGUGACCGAGCCCUUGGACAGAGAAAAAAAUGAUUCAGUGAGUAAAAUGGGAGAGUGUCAUGGAUGACAAGAAAAAUUCCUGUGCCCACCUACAUAUGUUUUUUAUGCAGUUGCAAAGGAUGAGCAAGGAAAACCUCUUGCAAGGCCACUGAAAAUUAGUGUUAAAGUUACAGACGUUAAUGAUAAUCCACCUACAUGUCCAUCUACAAAGACUGUAUUUGAGGUCCAGGAAAAUGAAAUAAUAGGUAGCAAUAUUGGGACUUUAAUUGCUCAUGACAUGGAUCAAAAAAGCACUGCCAACAGUAUUUUACAGUACAAAAUUGUGGAGCAAAUCCCCACAAUUCCUAAAGAUGGACUUUUCCUGGUUCAAACCUAUAGUGGAGUAUUCCAGUUAGCUCAGCAAUCCUUGAAGAAGCAAUAUGCUCCCCAGUACAACUUAACAGUAGAGGUGUCCGACAAAGAUUUCAAGACCCUCUGUUCUGUGGACAUCAAUGUUAUUGAUAUCAAUAAUCAGAUCCCCAUCUUUGAAAAAUCAAAUUAUGGAAACCUGACUCUUGCUGAAGACACAAAUGUUGGGUCUACCAUCUUAACCAUCCAGGCCACCGAUGCUGAUGAGCCAUUUACUGGGAGUUCUAAAAUCCUGUAUCGUAUUACAGAGGGUGACAGUGAGGGACGAUUGGAGAUUGACACAGAUCCCCACACCAAUGCUGGAUAUGUCAAGAUUAAAAAGCCUCUUGAUUUUGAAACAACACCUCUUCACAACAUUGUGUUCAAGGCGGAAAAUCCUGAGCCUCUGGUGUCUGGUGUUGAGUACAAUGCAAGCUCUUUUGCCACAUUCAGGCUUUUUGUGACAAAUGUGAAUGAACCACCCCUAUUUUCCCAACAAGUAUUCCAAGCAAAAGUCUAUGAGAAUGCAACGAUAGGCACUAAACUGGGCAAUGUGACUGCCAAGGAUCCGGAAGGUCUGAAUAUAAGUUAUUCCCUGAGAGAAGACAAGAGAGGUUGGCUCAAAAUUAACCCUGUCACUGGUGAGAUCUUUAGUGCGGGGAAACUGGACAGGGAAACUGAGAGUCUAUAUCGGGUACAAGUUGUGGCCACUGAAAUAGGUCACUCCUCCUUGGCAUCUGUGGCGAGUUUCCACCUGACCCUAAUGGAUGUGAAUGAUAAUGCCCCACGGCUGGCCAAGGACUACACAGGCUUGUUCUUCUGCCAUCCCCUCAAAGCACCUGAAAGUUUAAUUUUUGAAGCCACUGAUGAUGAUCAGCGAUCAUUUCGAGGCCCACAGUUUACGUUUGCCCUUGGCAGUGAGAGCUUACAAAAGGACUGGGAAGUUUCCAGAAUCAAUGGCACUCAUGCCAGACUUUCCACCAGGCACACACACUUCGAAGAGAGAGUUUACGACAUCUCAGUCCGCAUCAACGAUAUGGGUCGGCCACCCACGGAAGGGACUGUCUCUUUACCAAUUACUUUCUGCACAUGUGUGGAAGGAAGGUGUUUCCGGCCAGUAGAUUACCAGCGUGGGAAGCCCACUGUGGGCAUGGCAGUUGGUAUACUCCUGACCGUUUUCUUGGUCAUUGGUAUAAUUUUAGCAGUUGUGUUUAUCCGUAUGAAGAAGGAUAAAGGCAAGGCUAAGACUGAGAAUGUUCAGCCAUCUGAAGUCAGACCUCUGAGCAGUUGAAUUUGAAAAGGAAUGUUCGAAUUUAUGUACCAAGUAACAUUUCAAUAACACAACCAUUUAGUCCCCUAAUUUUACCUUUCAUCCAAUGUGUGUAUAAUUUUUUACAGCUAUUCCCCCUUGCCUUCUAUUAUUUUACUACUCUUAGGUAUUUCAUGUGCUAUAGAUGCUAGAGUUAUUUUCCAUUUUCCCAUGACAUUUUUCCCCUCUGCAAAACUCUUAGCUACUUAUCCCCAAACAAAAAUGUAUCUAUUUUCCCCCGUAGGAAAAGAUAGGCUGAUUAAAUGUUUUGUACAUUUUUUCUUCGUAAGGAGCUUGGUUUAUCAGUUUUCCACCACAGAACUUCUCAGAUCCCAUUUAUGCUUUUUCCAAUUCCAUUCUUUGUCCCACUCAUUGAUGUCUUCUUGGUAUUUCAUUAAUUUAAAAACAUUUGUCAAGGGAAAAGAACAAAGUGGGGUCUCAGAGAAAAAGAAAUAAGCAGCCUUCUCCCUUAGUGUGAACAAAAACUCUUCU